AUGACGACUAAGACCAUCCAUGGGAACUCGCAAUUCCAGAAGCCCUCCUCUCUACGCUGGACGUGGGAGUCACCCGGUGGAGGGUACCGUAAUGAAAUAGACCACAUCAUCGUCAAUAAAAGGUUCUGCCUGACGGACGUCGCUGUUGUACCAAAGUUCUAUACGGGAUCGGACCAUCGCCUCCUCCGAGGAAGAUUUUCUUUCACAAGGAGAGCAGAGAAAGCCGCCAAGUUCAGAGAGAGAAAUCCCAGGACUGUCAUCAACUGGGAUCUCUUCGCUACGUUAGCCGGCUUUUGGGAAGAUUCCGCAAUGGACAACAUCGACGAGGAAUAUGACCGGCUGGUUGAACACCUUCACGACUGCGCGAAGAAGGCUGAGAGUUUUGAGAGUUUUAAAACCACCAAGAGACGCCUGUCUCUUGAAACUCUUGAGCUGAUACGCCAGCGUAGAGCAGCAGGGAACCAAGAACUCACGUCCGUGCUUGCAAGGCUUUGCAGAGAGGCGAUAAAGGAAGACCUUAAAGAGAGAAGAACAGAAGUACUGGCUGAAGCUGCAGAGGCGGGGAAAAGCAUCCGCUAUGCCCGUCGAGACUUCGCCAGUCGCAAGACAAGGAUGACUGCUCUACGGAACCCGAAGGGAACAACCAUUGCAUCGAGACGGGGGAUGGAGAAAAUCAUCUACGACUUCUACUCUGAUCUCUUCGACAGCCAUGUCCACUUGCCUCCUCACCAUCUGAGGGAAGACGGACAUGCCAUUCCAGAGAUUUUCUCGUCCGAAAUACGAUAUACUAUCAUGUCGGUAAGAAAUCGUACGGCACCCGGUCCCGACAGAUUAAGACCAGAACACCUGAAGAGCCUUUCGCCAGUACUCAUCAACACCAUGGCUCUUUACACGUUAAAGGUUCCUAAACAGUGGAAGACCAGCAAGACAGUGUUGCUGUAUAAAAAGGGAGAUCCACAUGACAUCGGCAACUAUCGCCCAAUCUGCUUACUGUCCGUCAUCUACAAGCUCUUUACAAGAGUGAUCCUUAAUAGGAUUGAAAAAGUCUUGGAUGAAGGACAGCCAUGCGAGCAAGCAGGGUUUCGAAAAGGAUUCAGCACGAUUGACCACAUUCACACUGUUUCGAAACUCAUCGAGGUAUCACGAGAGUACAAGAUGCCGCUCUGUCUCACCUUCAUCGACUUAAAGAAGGUCUUCGACUCAGUUGAGACGGAAGCGGUCGUGGAAGCAUUGGGCAACCAAGCCGUCCCUACUCAUUACAUAAAGGUACUUCGAGAGUUGUACAGUAACUUCACAACCGGAAUUGCGCCAUUCUACAAGAAUAUCAUCAUUGACGUGAAGAGCGGGGUUCGACAGGGUGACACAAUCUCACCCAAAAUAUUCACAGCCACCCUCGAGAACGCAAUGCGAAAGUUGGAAUGGGACGACAUGGGAGUGAAGGUCGACGGUUGGCAGCUACACCAUUUGCGCUUUGCUGAUGACAUCGUACUGAUAACACCUAGCAUCAGCCAAGCGGAACGAAUGCUGACCGAAUUCGACGAAACAUGUGGAUGCAUCGGUUUUCAGCUGAAUCUAGACAAGACGAUGUUCAUGUGGAACGGAUGGGUCUCGGAUGCCCCAUUCACGCUCAACGGAACGAACAUAUCCGAAUGCACCAGCUACGUUUAUCUGGGUCGGGAACUGAACAUGAUGAACGACCUGACCCUCGAGCUGGGCAGGAGGAGACGAGCGGCUUAG